AGAGAAGUUACAAAAUUAAAUUGGGGAUUUCUUUUUAUGAAGAGCCCUAAAUUAUUGUAGUGAGCAGUAGAAAGUGAACAAAACAGUGAAGAAGAAGAAGAUGGUGAUUUGAAAAUCCCUAGAUCUGCUCAUCUGCAAUGUCAGUUAGAGGAGGCGGUGGUGGUGGUGGCGGUGGCGGUGGUGGCAGAGCAAAGAAUCCUCCGUCGAGGCAUCUAUGGGUUGGGAACCUUCCUCAUGGGAUACCAGAACGAGACUUAGCUGAUCGGUUCUUAAGGUUUGGUGAAUUGGAAAGCUUAGCGUUUCAGCCUGGAAGAAGCUAUGCGUUUGUUAACUUUAAGCAUGAAGAGGAUGCUUUCGCUGCGAUUGAGUCGCUUCAAGGCUUCUCACUCUCUGGAAACCCACUUAGGAUCGAGUUUGCUAAGCCGGAAAAGUCAUCAGCUGGAUCACGCACGGAAGAUAUAUUUCGUCAUGACGAACAGCGGUCUGCAGCAAGAGGGUCAUCUUUUGUUCAAAAAGACUCCAGAAUGCGUUACGAUAGCCCAGACACAUAUAGCAAAUCAAAAAUGACUGAUAGAAAUGCAGAACCUAGUGAAGUAUUAUAUAUAGGGUUUCCGGCUUCGUUGAAAGUAGACGACACGCUCUUGAGGGAGGUUUUUUCUUCGUUUGGAGAAAUAACAAAGGUUACGGUAUUCCCUGGUCGCAGUUAUGCAUUUGUUCAGUUCCGAAAUUUGAUGGCAGCUUGUGAGGCGAAAGAAACCCUUCAGGGUAAGUUAUUUGGCAAUCCUCGAGUGCAUAUUUGUUAUGCAAAGAGUGAACCUUCCUCAUCUAGCAGUGGAAGAGGUCCGUCCAGUAGAUCACUCUCUCCGCCUUACAGAUCUGUUGAUCGACUGGGAUCUUCAGAAGGGUAUCUUCAGGAUAGAAAUUAUGGAAGCAUCAGCAGAAAUCCCAAUGUGAGGGAACCACAUUACAUAGCAGAUAGGGAUUUGGAAGAUUCUGAAGAUUACAUGUAUAUCAGGAAAGGAGUCUCAAGGACAGAAGGAGGUCCGGCAUAUGGAAGGUUGAGGGCUACACAUAGAUUUCCUCAGGAUAUGCAUGAGUAUCGUGGUAGUCCUAGGGAAAUGGGUUCAUCAAUGCGUGAUGAUCCUCACAGAUUCCCGUCAAGGAGUUCAGUGUAUGAAGAGCCAUGGGAUUUACAUGAAGAUGACUACUACUACCAGGAAACCAAGAGACUGAAGACAAGAUCCGUGCAGCCUGAGAGGCUGCUCCCAGGGCAUCAGCUCUCUGGUAUAGAGCAAGAAAGACGCCCUUUUUCCAGAUCAUCUGCUGAUUUUUCCCCUCAAGAUGCAUUUGAGCGGAACUAUGAGGCUGGGCAGCUAAGAUACAAGCAAACGGUUGAGCAGCCGUUAAAUCUGGCUAGAAGGAACGGGGACAAGAGUAGCUUACGAGAACCACAUGACGAGUUAAUGGGAGGUUAUUCUCUGCCAUCAAUUGUCUCUGAAAGGAAAACGUACACCCCUGAACUGAAUCGACCAUCACUAAAGGACUGGAACUGGGAAGGGACUAUUGCAAAGGGAGGCAAUCCCAUAUGUCGUGCUAAAUGCUUUCCUGUGGGCAAAGUGAUGGACAUGAUGCUGCCUGAGUAUCUAGAUUGCACGGCAAGAACUGGUUUAGACAUGCUGGCCAAGCAUUACUACCAAUCAUCUAAAGCUUGGGUGGUUUUCUUCGUUCCUGGAAGUGAUGCUGAUAUCAAGUUUUAUAAUGAAUUUAUGCAUUAUUUGGAGGAGAAGCAACGGGCCGCUGUUUCUAAAUUGGAUGACAAAACAACGUUGUUCCUCGUGCCUCCAUCUGAUUUCUCCGAAAAAGUACUUAAAGUUCCUGGGAAACUUAGCAUCUCCGGAGUUAUUCUACGGUUAGAAUAUGGUGGUUCUGAAUCGGGGCCUGUCCAACAGCAGGGUGAGAGAAAAGAUCCAGACUUGCCAACCUAUUAUGGUGAAACAUCCUAUACAGAAGCUAGUGGAGGUUUUCCUGAUGUGGGAAACCCACGUAUUCCAGGUCCAACAGCAUUUUUGCAUACUGCUGCUCGAGACGGUCAAAGUGCAUCCAUGGAUCCAUACAUUGAGAGCAAGCAUGAUCAGUUGAGUAACCGGUAUUCUGGAUCGGACUGGCCGCCUCGUGAUACCAACACUAGAAGUUCACAGAUGCAACCCUUCAUAGAUCAUACUGUUCAAAAGCAUAGCGGGUUUGUUCCAGGGAGGCAGCUAAAUGCAGAUCAUAGUCGAUAUCAUGAGACGGAAACUCCAGUUCUAUCAGGGUUUCAUCAGCCUGAACAGCUUACUCAUUUAGCAUCCUCUCUGCCUGAGAGAUAUGCACCAGAAGGCCGAGCAAAUUUCAGCCAUCUGCAACACGUGCAGACACCAAGCAUACCUCAAUUGGUAUCUCCAGGAAAUCACAAUGUAGAGGUUCAAGGUAGCAGCAAUAGCCAACAAGAAGAAGAAACUGAUGCUAAUCCACAAAAGCGUCUUCAGGCAACAUUACAGCUAGCAGCAGCACUUCUCCAGCAGAUUCAACAAGCUAAACCGAGUUGAAGAAGGCUUCCCUGAAGAGAUAUUUUCAUGGAUUUUAACUGUUAUUAAUUGGGAUGUGCCCAGGCCAAAUCUACAGAUUCACAAGUAUGAGAGAUCUUUACAUUCUUUCUUGCUGGUUGCAGAUGCAAAUACGAGAUUAACAUGCCAUAAUAGAUAUAGGCAAAAUCUUUCAGAUUCAGAUGAUUGUAAAAUGUAAGCUUCCUCAUAUAUAUCGUUUUACCUUAUGCCUGAAACAAAUGCUACAUUGAAUAUAAUCAAUUUUCUCA